UUUCAUUAACCUUCAGUGGGCCCUUGACACACCCUCCUUCACUCUCUUUGGACCUCUUUCUACACUCCUUGGCCCAAAGAGUAAUAAAACGAAAAAAGGAAAAGGGAAAUAAAAAGGUACAAUACCUGGUUUUCCAUGGGUUUCAUUACCAUACCGCCUUUCGCUUUCUCCCCACUUCUUAGUUCUGGUCCUGACGCUCUCUUUACGCUCUCCGCUCCAAGGCCGCCUUACACUCGCAUCCCCGUUCCUUUGGCAUCAUCUCAUCUCAUCUUUCUUUCUCUUUCUCUCCUCCCCCUCCUUCCUCCUUUCCUCCCACUUGUGACGCUCUCUACCAAAAACAUACCCAGCUACUACAGGACCAACUUCCUUGCCAUGGGUCUUGCUAAUCUCCCAUUCCCGUUUGCUCUAUAGCCUGCAGACUCCUCCAAUCCUCUUCCCACUGUGUUGCUCGAUCUAUGGCGGAUUGUCUUGCUUCGCCUUCCCGUGCAUUCGGCCGCUGACCUGCAGCACCCACGCUGCCAUCCGCCUCUGUUUCGGA